AGAAAAGGAGCACAGUAUGGAUUUUGCUUACAUAAUAAGCAGUUGCAUUGCAGCUGGAUAGAGAUCAUAAGGCCGGUGCAUUACUAUUUAUCAUCAUCAUCAAUUAAUUAGUUAAUGUUCUUCCAAAUAUAUCAUCAUACUGAUAAUCAAGGCCCCCCUCUCUCUCUCUAUAUAUAUAUGCAUUAGCAUGUGCCGGCAAUCAUUGAUAAAUCAAAUUUAAGGUGGAGAGCUGCUGUAGGCAAGAACACAAAAUUUAGUGAAUAAAUUGAUAUAAAUUAUUAAGUACUUAGAGAGUUGUGCGCGUGGAUGGAUACCGGAGCAGUAGGAAAAUGGUUUUGGUUGGUGAUUAUGAUGAUGAGUUUGAUGGGUGUCCUUACAGUCAUGUGUUCGUCCACGUCCGGUGAUGGUGAUGGUGUUGGGGCUAAUAAUAAAGCAGCAGCAGCACAGGCGACAGCACUGUUCGUGUUUGGUGAUUCCUUAGUAGAUAACGGGAAUAACAAUUUCCUAAAUUCAAUUGCAAAAUCAAAUUACUACCCGUAUGGUGUGGAUUCCAACAGAGGCCCAACCGGCAGAUUCUCCAAUGGAGAUACUUUUGUCGAUUACCUUGGAGCAUGGUUGGGUAUUGCAGCUCCUCCUCCCUUUUCAGAUCCAUCCACAACUGGAACUAGAAUUCUCGGAGGAGUCAACUAUGCCUCCGCUGCUGCUGGCAUCCUUGACGAAACUGGCCAACACUAUGGUGAAAGGUACUCUUUGAGUCAACAAGUUCUGAAUUUUGAAAGCACGCUGAGUCAACUGAGGACGAUGAUAAGCGGAGCUAACUUGAGCAAGUACCUUUCAAAAGCCAUCGCAAUUCUGGUAUUUGGGAGCAAUGACUACAUCAACAACUAUCUAUUGCCUGCCAUGUACCCCUCCAGCUUCAAUUACAAUCCUUCCCAGUUUGCCAACCUUCUUCUCAACCACUACGCACGACAACUCGUCGCCCUCUACAGUCUUGGGCUUCGCAAAUUUGUGGUUGCGGGAACCGGGCCUCUGGGAUGCAUCCCGAACGUGCUGGCGACGGGGCAAGCCCCUCCAGGAAGAUGCGUCGACUAUGUCAACCAAAUUCUAGGCCCCUUCAACCAAGGCCUGCUAUCACUUGUUAAUAUUAUGAACAACGGCACCCAUCCAGGUUCCAUGUUCGUCUACGGCAACACUUACGGUGCAAUUGGGGACAUUCUGAACAAUCCAGAGAGAUACGGGUUCAAGGUGGUUGACAGAGGAUGUUGUGGGAUAGGGAGGAAUCAGGGUGUGAUAACCUGCAUGCCCUGGGUUCCUCCAUGUUCCAACAGGAAUCAGUAUGUCUUCUGGGAUGCCUUCCAUCCCACCCAAGCUGUUGAUGCUAUUCUUGCUCACAGGGCUUAUGCCGGUCCUCCCACUGACGUCCAUCCCAUCAACGUUCAACAAUUGGCUCUUAUUAAUUUCUCCUGAUCAUCAUUUCAAAUGUUUUUCAUGGGAUUUUCUACAUAAUAAAUAUAAUAAUUUUUAAAUUCACUGUAAGAAUUGAAGCUGCUCUUUGAAUAA